GAAUAGAGAACCACUCAAAUUUUCUAGUGUAUGUGUUUGGAAGGAUGGAGAUGCCAAAAUAUAGAUGAUACACAAAAGAGAGGAGCUGUUUAGUUUUGAAGGGAGAACAAAAGAAAUUGUAUUUGGAAGACCUGAGUAGCCCACUUCUGGUAUUUCAUUAAGUGAAUUUGCUUUCGGGGGUUCUGCAUAUUUAAGAUUUCAACCACCAGUCUACCUGCUAUUUUCUUUGAAAUGUUAGUGGUGGGAUCAGGGGAGCAGGUUUGAAGGCUCCUCCUGUUUCAGUUUUAUAAUUGAGAGAGAGCCUAUAAGAAUCAGUGGGAAAAAUGUUCUUGAUCCCUCAAGCAAAUGGAAAUUUUUAUUAAAAACAAUUUACUCAAGAUACAUAGAUUACCGAUUUUUCUCUUGAGAAUGAUACAAGAUGGGUUGCCUGCUUUCUACAGAAUGAAGUGUAAAAUUAGCACCUAAUAUAUAGUAGCUAAAAUUUACUGUGUCAGAUGCUAAGCAUUUUAAAUGUAUUAGUACAUUUAAUUCUUAGAACCACCAAUUUUACAAAGAAAUUGCUGCAUCCAAAUCUUCAGGUGUAAACCAUGCCUUUAACCAUGCUGAAACCAUAGAAGUUUGACUCUUUCCUAUAUAGUUCCUUUUUGUAAGCAGAUUAUAAAUAGAACCACCCAAAGAUAAUAAAUUGGUAUUGUCUGUGAGCAGCUUAAAAAGAAAACAAUUAAGCACCAAACUCGUUUUUACUCUUUUGUCAAUGAUUCUGUAUAAGGCAUUUUUACCUCCCAAGAGACACAAUUGGGAAUGCCUGGAGACAUGUUUGAUUGUCACAAUUGAGUGGUGAGGGCUUUGGCAUCAAGUAGGUAGAGGUCAUAGAUGCUGCUAAACAUCAUGUACAGCGCACAGGGCAGCCCUCACAACAAAGAAUGAGUUGGUCCAAAAUGUCUAUAAUGCUAUAGUUGAGAAAUCUUGCCCUGUGGAUAUUUCUUCAGGAAUAGGAAAAUGUGAUUCACUAACACUGGCUUUUAAAAAACACUUUAUUUUUAAAAAUUAUUCAUAUCCAUAUCAACUCUACUUUUAACAAUCACUUUUCUUAUGCUGAGUUCCAGUCUCAUAAUUUUACUUCCUGAGUGUGAUUCUAGGCCAUGGGACUAACACUCGGAACAGGCUUGUUAUACAUGUAAUUUGUACUGUAAUAGUGUUUAUGUUUUCUGUUAUGGUACAGAUCAUUUACUUUAAUAAGAAAUAGUAUUUUGUUGGCAAUUUUUAAAAAGUGGCAUUAUUCUCAGUUGGUGAAGUAUAUUCUUGGUGGUUGAAAGUGCUGGGAAUGUAUGGGGGUUCUUUGGUCCUUGUCAAGUAAUGGCACAAUGGAUCUAAGAUUUGUUUUUUUUGUUUGUUUGUUUUAAUUGAUUUUAGAGAGAGGAAGGGAGAGAGAGAGAAAGAGAGAGAAACACCAAUGUGAGAGAGAAACAUCGACGGCUGCCUCUCACAGGCGCCAAACCACGAGACGGAACCUGCAACCAAGGUAUGUGCCCUGACCAGGAAUCAAACCCACAACCUUUUGGUGUACGGGACGGUGCUCCAACCAGCUGAGCCACACUAGCCAUUACAUUUCUUAAUGUAAUGCUGACUUAUUUGUUUCAAAUUGUACAUAGACUCUGAAAACUUAGGCUUUCAAAUUCUGGUCAAUAAAAAUUGGCUUUAAAUAAUAGUUACCUCUGUUACAAGUUUUAAUAAAGUUGCUUACAAAUGAGUCUAUGAAAACCCGUCCUGUUGCCAGUCUUCUCCCUCUCCCCACAAACUGUCUAGAUAUAUAAAUGUAGUUAAGUAUUUUUUUUUUACUUCCAGAUUACAAUUUUAUAAUAUGUUUAUCCUAGGACAUAUAGUUCUCAAAAUAUACUUAACACAUCUUAUAAAAUAGCAUUAUUUCUAGUUAAAUAGGAUUUUUGUUUAAUUGUCUAUUGACUUUUAUUUUUCAGGAUUCAUUGAAAAAAUCCUUAGUGAUAUUGACAUGUUUCAAGUGACAUAAAUUAGCCAGUGACUCGGAAUGAUGGAUUCCCCGAAGACUGGAAAUGGUUUGCCAGUGAUUGGACCAGGGACUGAUAUAGGGGUAUCUUCACCCCACAUAGUGGGGUAUUUGGGAAAAAAUUAUGAUUCUGCUAACAUCCUGUCAGAUGGGUAUUGCCCUGCUUGUAGAGAGAAGGGAAAGUUAAAAACCUUAAAGACUUACCGAAUUAGUUUUCAGGAAUCUGUCUAUUUGUGUGAGGAUCUACAGUGCAUCUAUCCUUUGGGCUCUAAAUCAUUUAAUAACUUAAUUUCUCCUGAUUUGGAAGAUCUUGCUCCAAAUAAGCCUCAAAAAAGAAAGCUCUUGGAAAUCAGCUCUAAAGAUUCACCUUCUUUAGCAACUUCCAAAAAGAUUAAAAGUGAUACUGUUAUUGAUGGUGAACAAGUUUUGAACAGCAAACAUAAUGGAGAAGCAUACGAGGAAACCUCAUCAGACUUACCUGACUCACUGCACAGUGGUCAGCAGAGCCCAGUUAAGGCUGCUGAUUUCUUGGGACCGGAUGAGAUUUUGGAAGCUGCUGUUACUGACUUGGCUGCUGAAGAAGAUGCUACUGCAGUUGAUAUUUCUAAAACUGGAGAGACUGCUCUUCACAAUGAAGGAGGCACAUCUGAACUGGAAAUGCCACUGGAGAACAGAUGUAUACCAUUUUGUCAGACUUCAUGUGUUCAAUGGAAAAAUUCUGAUGCCCUCUGUUGGUUAGACUGUCUCCUGUCACUAUUGGUGCACUUGGAAGUGGUAAAAAAGGCAGUGAUGACGGACCUGUGCUCUAAAGAGGAAUCUCUGUUCUGGCAGUUGUUCGCAAAGUAUAAUCAAGCUAGUAAGCUUCUGCACGCCAGUCACUUGGAUGCAGUUAAAGAUAGAGAUUAUACAAAACUUAUUUCAGUAUUUGCAGAGAUAGAGACCUGUCUGAAUGACGUCAGAAGUAAGAUUUUUAUCAGGCUUCAGCCUCAGCUUGGGUGCACAUUAGGUGACAUGGAAAGCCCUGUGAUUGCAUUUCCCCUGCUCCUAAGAAUAGAAGCCUGCAUUGAAAAGCUCUUCACGUACUCUUUUUCUUGGAACUUUGAAUGUUCACAGUGUGGACACAAGUAUCAAAACGGAUGUAUGAAGAAUCUAGUCACCUUUACAGAUCUUGUUCCUGAGUGGCACCCACUUAAUGCUGCGCAUUUUGGUCCCUGUAGCAAUUGCAACAAUAAGUCACAAAUAAGAAAAAUGGUAUUGAAAAAAGUGUCUCCCAUAUUCAUGUUGCACUUCGUAGAAGGCUUACCACAUAACGACUUGCAACACUACUCAUUUCUUUUUGAAGGCUAUCUUUACCAAAUAACUUCUGUAAUUCAGUACUAUUCAAAUAAUCAUUUUAUAACAUGGAUUUUAUGUGUUGAUGGAAGUUGGCUGGAAUGUGAUGACCUAAAAGGCCCAUGUUGUAAAAGGUAUAAGAAAUUUGAAGUUCCUGCUUCAGAGAUACAUAUUGUUAUUUGGGAAAGAAAAACAGCCCAAAUGACAGAUAAAGCAUCUGCCUGUCUUUCACUUCAAAAGACUAAUGAUCAACAUGCUUUCAGUGAUGAGAAACAGCCACCUCCAGCAUUGCGUUUUAUGGGUGAUGCUUCCUCAGCUGAAAUACCUUCAGGAACGUACCCCCCAAAUACAUCAGUUACUACUAAUACUCUUUCUCAGGAUAAAGCUGUAGUUCAUCAGCCUCAUUUACUUUCAGUUCCAAAAGGUUUGAUUGGCAAUGAUAUUACACCUUUGUCACUUGAAAAAGUACAGGUUAACUCUGAAGGUUGCCUAUUAGAAAAUAUACCUGUGGCAGAAAAUGGAGUGGUCAUCAAAACAAAUACUUUGCAACAGCAAGAGUCACUAAUGGCUUCUUUAGUCUCAGCUCCAUGUAAGGAAAAGUUUACCCAAGACCAAUUUGUAGACUUAAGCUUUCCUUCUCCGAUUGUAAGUACAAAUAUGCAAUCAGUACAGCCAAAUUCAGAAAAUACUAUAAUUACUAACUCUGUGACUAAUAUCCAUGCUACUGGUCCUAUACAGGGAGUAAAGUCAGUAGAAAUUGAAGAUAAAGUUGCCCUAGAGAAGGAUGUUCCAUUCAACCAUUUUCUUUCACCAAAAACCGAGAAAUUAAAAAUAGAACAACACAUUACACCUCAGGUAUCUAAUUUGGAGAGAAAAUUUUCUCAAACCAUAGCUGAGUCAUCACAGAACCCAUCUCUGAAAGAAAAUCUGAAGAAACCAUUUAUGGGAAGUUGGGUUAAAGGCUUAUUAAGCAAGGGUGCUUCUUUUUUGCCACCUUGUGUUUCAGCUCAUAAUAUUAACGCUAUUACUGACUUGCAGCAUUCGGUUAAGGGGGCACGUAAUUUUGGUGGCUAUAAAACUAAAGGGGUGAAGCAGAAGGCUCACCGGGCACCCAAGAAACCUCAUAGGUGUGCAAGUAAGCCUUCUCCAGCCAGUAACCUUCCACCAAGUCUUCCAUCAUCAGGUAGCAUGGCUCCUCCACAUGCUGAUGUUAAUGCUGACCUGGAAGUUUUGAAGAAACAUGAAAAUGCCUCAUAUGGGGUUCACCUUAACCACAGAUCUGGUGGAAACGAAAAUGGUGUUUCUUUAGCAAACCAUGAAGACUCCGUUGAGGGUCAGAUUCAUAAACUUCGUCUAAAACUUCUUAAAAAACUUAAGGCAAAAAAGAAGAAAUUAGCUGCUCUUAUGUCUUCCCCCCUACAUGGAAAACUUCCAAGUGAAAAUUUAGAGCACGUUUCUCAUUGUGGGUCUCCAAAUGAUGGCCAGUCAAUAGAAGAUGUGUUAAAAGAACUGCAAUAUCAAAUUGAUAUUGCUGAUAAUAAAUCUGGAAGAACCACUUUUGCUAGUGUUUCUCCAUAUAGUGAUCAAACUCAUGAAGAAAUUUUAGCAGAAUUAUUGUCUCCUACAACUGUUUGUUCAGAACUCUCAGAAAAUAGGGAGGCUGACUUUAGAUACUUAGAAAUGGGAGAUAACCAUAUCCCAGCACCAGUACCUAGUGAAUUAAAUGGUAUUCCCAAUACACUCUUGAGACAGGACCAUAAUUAUUGCAGCCCUGCCAAGAAAAAUCUGUGCCAAGUUCAGCCAGACCCACUAACAAAUAAUGAGUGUGAUAGAACAUUGAACUUGGAAAGUUCCCUGAAGACUGAUGUUUUUGAUGAGUUUUUUUCCACUUCAGCAUUAAAUUCUUUAGCAAAUGACACGUUAGACUUGCCUUUUUUUGAUGACUAUCUGUUUGAGAGUUGUUGAAUGUUUAUUAACUCUUUAAUAUUUACUAUUGUCUUGGAAAAACUUAUUAUGUUCUUGAGUAGUGUUUAUACCCUGGCCUUGUCAUGAACAAAAUGUAAGCAGCUGAAGGUUUUACCUUCAGUUCUGCCCAUAAAACUUGUAAUUUGUUUUACAAAUUAAAAGGACCAGGAAUCUGU